AACGCACGGGUGUGAUAAUAGUCGUACAUAAUGUUGACUUUUUUAUCCUGAAAACAUUGCAAAAAUCUUAAGCCCAUACGGAUUUCCUCAUCUGUUUCGACUUCGUCGUCCCCUGCCGACAACUCUGUGCUAAGCGAUGCACAUCAGGAUUUAUUACUCUUGUCCUCUCCUACUUUCCUCUCUGAUUCUUCUCUGUUCUUAUCUCGCCGCCGUCCAUGGCGGCGACACCAUCUCCGCAGACCAAUCCCUCUCCGGUGACCAGACCAUUGCUUCUUCCAACUUCGUCCUCGGAUUCUUCAAACCGGGCAACGCUUCCAAAUACUACGUAGGCAUAUGGUACAAGAACGUCACCAAACAAACCGUCGUUUGGGUUGCCAACAGGGAGACCGCAGUCUCCGACAAGGCCAGGGCGGAGCUCAAAAUCGUCUCCGGCAAUCUUGUCAUCCUCGACGAGUCGAAAAUCGCGGUUUGGAACACAAGCAUAACUCCCACCGGCACCGGCGACGGCGCGGUUUCCGCGGUCCUUCUCGACUCGGGUAAUCUGAUAUUGCGUGAAGGGUCGGGCCCGGAUCUGGGUUCCUCCACCCCCCUCUGGCAGAGCUUCGACAACCCGGCGGACACGUGGCUGCCCGGAGGCAAGCUUGCGUACGACAAACGGACGAGCAAGAAACAACUUUUGACUUCUUGGAAAAACUCCGAUGACCCGGCACCCGGUUUGUUUUCCCUGGAAUUGGAUCCGGACCAGAAACGGUAUCUGAUCAAGUGGAACAGGAGCGUGGAGUAUUGGACAAGCGGCCCCUGGAAUGGCCAAAUUUUCAGUUUGGUCCCUGAGAUGAGAUCUAAUUACCUAUACAAUUUCAGCUAUGCUGAUAUGGACAACGAGAGCUAUUUCACCUAUUCAGUUUACAGCUCUUCUAUAAUCUCAAGAUUCGUCAUGGACGUUUCCGGCCAAAUCAAGCAGUUCACAUGGCUGGAGGGCCAGAACCAGUGGAAUCUAUUCUGGUCACAACCCAGACAACAAUGCGAGGUUCAUGCUUACUGCGGCCCAUUUGCGGCUUGCCAGAAUUCGUUGCCCUUUUGCAACUGUUUGGAUGGUUUCAGGGUAACCUCAGACGGAGACUGGAGCCGGAAUGAUUAUUCCGGCGGGUGUACGAGGAAGGCGAGCUUGCAGUGUGGAGGAAGAGACAAGUUUAAGGCGUCCCCGCAGAUGAAUCCGCCCGACCGGCAUGUAUCUGUUGGUGGCGUAGGGAGUGACUCAGAUUGUGAAUCUUUCUGUUUGGGGAAUUGUUCUUGCUCUGCUUAUGCUUAUGAUGUCGGCAAUGGGUGUUCUGUUUGGAUGGGGGAGCUUCAGAAUCUGGUGCAACUCGCACCGAACGAUGGUGGUGGGAAGACGGUCAACAUUCGCCUUUCGGCCUCCGAAUUCUCAGGUGGAAAGAGUAACAAACUUGUGAUUGGAGCUGUUUUCGGAUCAGUUGUUUUUGGUUUGUUGGCUUUGUCUGGUGCUUUUUUCUGGUCCCGUCGCCGGGUGGGGACCGCAAAGGCGGCGAUGGAGGGUUCGCUGGUGGCUUUUUCGUACCGGGACUUGCAGUGCGCGACCAGAAACUUCUCGGAGAAACUAGGGAGCGGAGGGUUCGGUUCGGUUUUCAAAGGCACAUUGCCAGACCCUUCAUCUCCUGCCAUUGCCGUGAAGAAGCUGGAGAGCAUAAGCCAAGGGGAAAAACAAUUUAGGACCGAAGUAAGCACGAUUGGAACGAUCCAACAUGUAAACCUCGUUCGCCUCUGCGGGUUCUGCUCCGAAGGCAAUAAGAAGUUGUUGGUUUAUGAUUACAUGCCAAACGGCUCCUUGGAUUCUUGUCUCUUCAGUGAAACAAAUGGACCCAAGUUUCUUGAUUGGAAAUCAAGGUACCAAAUUGCGUUGGGCAUCGCAAGAGGAUUGAGUUAUCUCCAUGAGAAGUGUAGGGAUUGCAUCAUACACUGCGACAUAAAGCCGGAAAACAUCCUUCUUGAUUCCCAAAUGUGUCCAAAAGUUGCAGAUUUUGGUCUGGCAAAGCUGGUGGGCCGGGACUUCAGCCGAGUGUUGACGACAAUGAGAGGAACGAGAGGUUAUCUUGCACCCGAAUGGAUAUCCGGAGUUCCCAUCACACCCAAAGCAGACGUUUACAGCUACGGAAUGAUGGUGUUUGAACUCUUAUCCGGGACCCGAAACUCGGAGCACGCGAAAGUGAAGUUCUUCCCUACUUGGGCUGCUUCCCAUGUGAUUCUCAAAGAAGGGGACGUUCUCGACGUAUUGGACCCAAAGCUGGACCGAGUCGCGGACCAUGAAGAAGUUUCUAGAAUGUGCAGAGUGGGGUUCUGGUGUAUCCAAGAUGAUGAGAAUCAAAGGCCAUCUAUGGGAAUGGUGGUUCAGAUUCUUGAAGGGGUUUUGGAUGUGAAGUUGCCACCGAUCCCAUCGUCUCUUCAUGUUUUUGGUGGCGAUGAUGAACAAGACAUUGUUUUCUUCACAGAAUCGUCGUCCAGCCAAAGUAGCUCACAAACUCAUUCCAAGACUUCAAGAAAUGCUUCAUUGGUAAAGAACCAGUGUUGAAUGAUUAAGAUGUGCAAUCAGCUCUAUUCAGAAAUUCUUAUAAAUACUCAUUUGGAUUCAGUUAAUACGACAACGCGUUUUUCGUGUAUUAGUCGAUGUAGUAGUGCUUCUAUGAAAUAAAUCAAAAAAACAGAAGUGAUUUUCAUGACUAGUUUAGCCGCUGGCAUUAGCAUUUUUGGCGCAUUUGUGAAAUCUGAGCUGAUCAAAUCUUUGCCGUUUUUGGUGCCUUUUCUGUUCUUAAUUAGUGUGGCAGCUCCUUCACUAUGUUCCCAACUUGUUUUGAAUCACACUGUAACACAUCAACAAGUCAUCCUGCAACGGUACCAUGACAACAAAU